AUGGGGGCUAUCAAAUACUUGGACAUUAUUCCUUCAAUCGAUCCGUCAUUUUCAUCAUCAGAGUUUAUAGUGGAAGCAGGAUGGGGCACUCCCUCGUUCAUUGUUGGUGUAGUCCGUCUUGUUGCAUCCAAGCCACUUAAAGAAGCUAAACUUGUUCUUGAAUUCCAAGGUGAAUCAGAAACCUUUUGGGUUGGUUCCAAGGUUCGCAAAUCAGGCGAUCCUCCUGGAGAGACCUUUGCUCGUCGAUUUCAGCUUGUGGCAACUGUUGUUAGAAACUCAAAAGAAGCCUUAGAACCCAACGAGUUUGGAUCCAUUACACUGCCAUUUAAAAUUCAUUUACCAGCACAAAAAUUGCCACCUUCGUUUACUGAUUCCAGAGGAUGUAUUAAAUAUAGUCUCAAAAGUACAUUGACAUGGUCAGAAACUUUGAAACUAUCAAGGCCAGCGCACACUGUAACAGUCCCGAUUACCAUUGUGAUGCCACGUGCACAUAGGCUCAAACUUAUUCGUACACCCUUGACUCUAGAAUAUGACACGCCGUACGAUCCAGACAAAUGUACAUGCAUGAUUAGACUACCUACCCGAGUUUAUAUUCCAGGACAGCAAUUUACGAUACAGUUUGCAAUUCCCUAUGUACCUCCAGGUAGAUUCAUCACUGCUGCUCAGGUAUCAAUAGAAACCAAUACGACAUACAGAUCGGUUACAAGUGAUGCCACAAAACGCAACAGAAACGCAAUGGUGUGGAAUCCAUUUCCUUUGGCUAUUGCACGCGAGCUCCCAGCACCGGGAGAGUUGGGUAUCUCUGAUUCCAACAGUCCAUCUAUAUUUUUUCGAACUGUGCAGCUAGUCACUGAUCCAAAACAUCACCAAAUCACUCUUGAAAGCUCUAUUAUCACUGUUUGCUCCUUGAUAAAAUUUCAAGUGUUUUUGGAUGGAGACAAAGAGCCUCAUUUUGUAUUUGAUACUCCGAUUACGGUAAUUCCUGCAGAUACAAUUAAAGAAACUACUGCGUUGCAAGCACUGAAACUUUCUCACAAACAGAUUCGUCCUAUAAGUGAGAUUGCACUAAGCGCAUCAAAUCAAAUGUUGGCUUGUGGAUACAAAAGAUCGAGCUUUAGCACUGCUGUUUCAGCCAAGCGUGUCAGUUCUAAUAUUGAUGACAGUAUAACUUUGCGGAGCAUGAGCAGCAAAAGUGAAGCACUUAGUGUAAACAGUCUGAAAUAUAAUUGCAUUGACCAAUCAUCUUCAACUCAUCGUAGCACUUUCAGCAGCAGCCACAGUGAUUUACAUUCAACAGAUUCCUAUGAUCACAUAUUAAACAUGCCUUUUAUGUCUACACGCUCUACUUCUUCAAAAAGCUUGGAUACUCAGAUCCCAUCAUCACUUUAUCAAAAUACUUUAAAAGAUACAUCUUUAACACAUGUCAAAUCCAACUCGAGUAUGCAUACGAGCAGUGAUUCGGUAUCCAAUCCCUCACCUGUACGAAAUCUCGCGCCACUCCUCGAGAAUUAUGUAGUCGAGUUUGCAUCAAAAGAAUGUCAUGAUGGCAUAAAAGCUGUUGAUACUGACAGUGAUCCAAGUCAACUAUUGUCGAUUGAUGAGAUUUCUAAUCGUCUUGCAAAUUUGACUCGCAAAGAAGUUGGGUUGUCUAGGGUGUCAUCAUUAUCAUCUCAAACUACAAAAUCAACCGAGUCUAUUGGAAACGGUAAAGCUGCUGUUGAUCAACUCAUUGUUCAACUAGACUCCAAAAACACUGGAACUUUUUCCAAGCACAUACCAAUCUAUAGAUCUACUGAAAACAUGUGUCAACGGCGGCGGUCUGCAACGCGACCAUCAUUGAUCAUCAACACUUCACAAAUAAUGUUUACCAGAAAAUCGACAGAAAAUGUUGAAACAUCUGUAGAUAGUGAAUCGAGCACGGCAAGAUUGCAAGACUUGUUGGAUAGCCUUGAAAGUAAUUCAGAAUCUCCAAUGAAUCAAUAUGUUUGCGCAUCACCCAUACUGAAAAGGCAUUCUAAUCACAAAAGUACAGGUCAAUCAAGUUUAGCACAUGGCAAUCGCUUUAAUCAAAUUCAAAAAAUUGAUGAUUUACUUGAAUCAUUGCUUGAACUUGAAAAGAAGCACGAAAUCCACGAAAAAUCAUCCAACAUAGCUACCUCUGACAUGCCUGAUAUAACUUUACCAAUACGAUCAAGCAGUAAACUGAAUCAAUCAAGCACUUUCAAGUCCUUGCAUGAUGUUUACCAAAACCAUGGUUCUCAGAUGCCACCAACACCCCCACAAAUCUCUCAGCGACAAUCAUCAAUUGAUUUAUCAUACAACCCAUCUAAAUCUGUAGAUUUACAGCAACUCUACAACAAAAGUAGUUCAGCUCUAUGCACUCCUACAUCUGCUGUUUCUUGUGAUAAUACCUCGCUUGUUGAAGAGCCAUCCACAUAUAAAAAUAGUGAUGCGCGGUUUAUUGUUUUGAAUACACAUGUUCCUAAGCGGCCAGAUGAGCUUCAUUUGCUUGUCGGCGAUAUAGUGUGUAUUCAAGAAACUUUUCGAGAUGGAUGGUGCUGGGGAUACAAUGUUGCAACCAGAUGUGAGGGAUCGUUUCCCAUGAAAGAGGUUCAACUGUAUGAUUCAAUUUGA